AUGAAGCGGGACGAAUGGUUUGCCGCGCUGCAGAAGCUGCCGUUGGUACCGUGUGGAGAGAGCACCGGGCUGCCACGGUACCGCGCGGUGGAGGCGUACCACUGCACAUUCUGCGCCUACACGGUUUGUGCUCGUUGUUACAACGCGGUUCCGACGAUGCUUCUUUUUCCAUCCCGUGAUGCAUCUGCUGCGGCUGGAAGAGGCUUCCUUGGGCCGCGGCGGGGAGACGGAGAGGUGGAGGACACUUUUUCAACGAACGACGGUUUGCUGCGUCCAAACACUGCGGACGAUGUGAAUUUCAGCCGACCUCGUUGUUUUUUGUGCCGCAAAGGGUUAUUGGUGCAUGAGAAUGUGCCUGUGCACGAAUGGACGUGCGAGGGGCCACGACCGGCGCGUCGCCUUCAACGUGGUGCUGGGGCGUCGUAUGACAUGGACGUUGUGCAGCGGUAUUACACAAUGAAGGAGCAGCGGGAAAAACGUGCGCUCUCGCAGGCACCACUCAUUGCCCAUUUUCACGCCGCUGAAGGACCACCCACACAUGUUGCUUUUUCCAGUGUGGUGGGCGAGGAAAAGGAUGAUGUCAUCGGUAAUGGUCCUUUGAAUCGGCGACCCUUCUGCGUGGAGGGUGGAAGCUUUGUUUUUUCCGUACAAAAUCCUCGGAUGGAGGUGUCGUGUGUGUGGUGUGGUGUGGACCGACGUCUGAGUGAGGCACACCCGUCGUUUGUGGGGGAUGAGACGAUUACACCACUGCAGAAGUUUCACUGCCCGCCAUCUCUUCCAGGGCUGCCGCCGCGGCGCUUUCGCGUCCGUGUCCCAUAUGGGGUGUAUGGGCUGCACAACGUGCACGCUCUUGCUCUGUAUCUUACGAAUGAUAUUUUCCGUAAGGCCACGACGAAGUUACAAUUGACAACCGCAGACGCGUUGACGGUGGAAGAGAACGAAGAACCUCCGCCAUGGCGACGAGGGCAGCUGAGGACAGGAAAAGUACUUCCACGUCACGCGGUACAUCCGCUUUUGGUUGUGGACGUUCUUCACCGCAUUGCCACCAGCGAUCCAGAGUGGGACCUUCUCAGCGUUGAAGCAUGUGCAACGUGUGUGUUAAACGCUGCUGUGGGCCCCUUGAAGUGCCAGAAGGGGUGUCAAGGCGUGACGGAAGAAAAGGCAACGGUGGAGGCCCACGCUGUUGAGGAAACGACUAGCAAUAAUAACAACAACAAAAACGACGACAAAAACCGCGGUGAUCAUGAUGCUUUAAGGAAAGAUGGUGAUCACAAUGAUGAGCCGCGCGAUGGGUCAAUUAAUGAGGCUGCAAUGCUCAAUGACAGGCGUGGGGUUGGCCCACCCUUGACCUGGCCCAGUGGGUUGAGGUGCGACGAACUACUUUUGACUCUGGACCACCUGCUGCAGGGUCGGUCCGUUGCCGUGUACGGCAUCGCAUCUAAGUACUUUUUUCUUCAACACGUGUCCCAGUGCGCUGAGUUGCUUCACUACGGGGUUGCGGUGGCCGACGGGUACCGCACAUCCGCCUCCUGCCUCAUAACUCAGUUUCGCGAAAUUAGAAAAUAUCUUCGGCAAUUACAACAGGGGUCGGAGCAGGCAAUGCUGCGGAGUUUUGUUUCCCAUGAUACCAACUGUGAGUCACUGGAGCUUGAAAUGCGCUCCAAGGCCCCUGAGCGAGACCACCAGCAGGUGGAGGGUCAGGAUGAGGAACGGGAAUAUUAUUUAAUAGACGUGCCUACAACGGAGGAAUCCCCUCGAAGCCAAUCGUACCGCGCCCCGCUACGGAGCCGUGUGGGGGGAGAGGGAGUGAGCCAAUCACGUCAAUGCUGUAGGGAGUUGUCGGAAGAUAAAAACCUGCUCCUUCCUAAAGAGCGAGAAUUGGGGGAAACACCGCUGGUGUGUCAAGGAGCGGAAUGCAUGACUCCCUACUCCCCUGCACCCUGCGCAAAGCCUCGGGAGAGAUCCAUUCUUUUGGUGCGUGGGGAAGAAGCCGAAGACGAGGAGGCGAGAACGCCUUUGGCAGCCAAACCAUCACGUUCUUAUCAACCGCAACAGCAGCUGCAACAAGAAGAGAAGGAGCGAAAGGUUCGAGCACAGCCUUUCUCUCAACAUGAUACGGGGUUGGAUGGAAAGGCAUCUGCAUGGUCACGACGGCAUUGGCUUCGUGAGCAUUCCGACUGGAACUAUGAUGUGCCGUUGCACGUUGCGUACGGUAUGAAACGCCCCCGUGAAGAUGGGGGCAAGGAGAAGGUCAUGGAAGACGAGGUUUCUUUGGUGCAGCCGAUUCAGGGUCGACGGUCGCGUCCUCCGCGGAUCACCGUCUCCUCGCCAGAGGUUAUGGGGUCCCUCCGUCUAGCAUGUCGUGCGCCUCUUCGGAAAUGCAUUGCAUGGACGUGCCUACCGUCGAUUACGGCGCAUCGCCUUGUUUCGGCCACAGAGCCUACCAUGACGCUGGCCCUGAAAGGCAGUGCUCCUGUCGGAAUUAUUAUCUUGCAUGGCGUGGAUCAGCUUGAUACACCGGCCCUGCUUGAGCUUCAAGCAAUUGCACGGGAACACCCGUAUCGUGUUGUCCUUCUGUGUUCAUUUGAUGACCCCAAUUGGCUGCUGUCGAGCGCUGCGGGUUUGUUGGAUUCGUUUCGUUUGAAUUGUAUUCACCUUCGAUCUCUUCUGCUCCCACGGGUGCGUGAGAUGUUGGCUAUUAACAGCUUGUCACUGCUCACAGAGUUGGAGGCUCCUGCAACGGAAGCUGGGAGGUUCAGUCGGUACGCCAAUCGCAAAGGGACCUUUUCUUCAGGCGUUUCUUUGCCGUUGCAUGAUACUAUUCGGCGCAUCCUGUUUAGUCUGCCUUCUUCCUUUAGUGAGCUGCUGCGGUGCAUGAUUAAGCGCCAGGAGGCUUCCGGCGAAAAUGUUUUCAUCCCAAUGAGUUUGCAUCAGGAGAAUUUUGACGAGUGUGGGAUGAUGAUUUCCAUGGCCCGCCUGAAGGCGAUUGAACGUGAGCUCACAUCCAACCGUCUUGCCGUAUUUAAUUCAGCGGAGAACAAAUUGAUGAUUCCCCAGCACCGAAAACUAUUGAAGGUCCUGGAGGAGGUGUUGGAGCAAAGGAAUGCAGUCGGGUGUGCAUCCAAUGGGGCUGCCCCAGUGGAGACGUAG